GCCUUCUUCAGCAAAUCCCUCUCUCUCUUCUCUCCUCUCCUCUCCUUUGUAAUUGGUUUCUUCCAUUACCCCUGACGGAUUAUCAAAACCGUUAGGGUCACCCACGCAAAGCCUCGCCCCCCCAUUCGGCUCCGCGUCCGAGCUCUCUCUCUCUCUCUCCCUCUCUCCGGUUUCGGACUCUGUUCGGGGUUUUGUGUGAUUCGCUGAGAUCCGAGGGAAAGCAGAGGGCAUAUCAAGAUGAAGGCACUCAUUCUCGUUGGAGGUUUUGGAACACGUUUGAGGCCAUUGACACUUAGUGUCCCUAAGCCACUUGUUGACUUUGCCAACAAACCCAUGAUCCUGCAUCAGAUUGAGGCUCUUAAGGCUACUGGUGUGACUGAAGUGGUUUUGGCUAUCAAUUACCAACCAGAGGUGAUGCUGAAUUUCUUGAAGGAAUUUGAGACAAAGGUUGGGAUCAAGAUCACUUGUUCACAAGAGACUGAACCCCUUGGAACUGCUGGUCCUCUGGCUCUUGCUAGAGACAAACUGAAAGACGAAUCUGGUGAACCCUUUUUCGUCCUUAACAGUGAUGUUAUCAGUGAGUAUCCACUAAAAGAAAUGAUUGCAUUCCAUAAAUCCCAUGGAGGAGAGGCGUCUAUAAUGGUGACCAAGGUGGAUGAGCCAUCAAAAUAUGGAGUGGUGGUUUUGGAAGAGUCUACAGGGAAAGUGGAGAAAUUUGUAGAGAAACCAAAAUUGUUUGUUGGGAACAAAAUCAAUGCUGGAAUAUAUUUGUUGAAUCCUGAAGUUCUUGAUCGUAUUCAACUGAGACCAACCUCAAUUGAGAAAGAGGUUUUCCCAAAGAUCGCGUCAGAGAAUAAGCUCUUUGCAAUGGUUCUCCCAGGGUUUUGGAUGGACAUUGGACAACCAAAGGAUUAUAUCACAGGCCUGAGACUCUAUUUAGACUCGCUGAGGAAGAAAUCUUCCUCUAAGUUGGCCAAGGGAAGCCACAUCGUGGGAAAUGUCUUGGUAGAUGAGACUGCUACUAUAGGUGAGGGGUGUCUGAUUGGACCAGAUGUUGCAAUUGGUCCCGGUUGUGUGGUUGAAUCAGGAGUUAGGCUUUCCCGCUGCACAGUCAUGCGCGGUGUUCGGAUCAAGAAACAUGCUUGCAUUUCCGGCAGUAUCAUUGGAUGGCAUUCCACUGUUGGGCAAUGGGCUCGUGUGGAGAACAUGACCAUCCUUGGUGAGGAUGUUCAUGUAAGUGAUGAAAUCUACAGCAAUGGAGGUGUGGUUUUGCCUCACAAAGAAAUCAAGUCAAGUAUUUUGAAGCCAGAGAUUGUUAUGUGAGGGUAUGCUCUUGUUUAUUGUGUUUGAGGAAUCACAGAAUGUGUCUAGAGAGGUUGUAACUUAGUUUUUCCUAAAUGCACUUCUUUUCUUCUUUUCCUUUUGUUUUCUUGUUCAGUGUAAAGGUUCUGUGCUCCUUGUGAUGUUUGAAGGGUCAUUCUCUUCUGACUCAAUGUUGUGCAAUAUGUUAGUGUGUAUAGAGUAAUAAAUUAUCAGGGUUUGCUUCUCUGGCUUCUGUAA